AUUCAGGUGUGAUCUGUGUUUUGUCCGGAAAAUUCAGAGCUCAUCUUUGCACGAUGGAUCAGAGACAACAAAUCGCAAUGUUCACGAAUCGAAAGUACAAUAAUCGAGGAAAAAGAAAAUUGAAGCAACCAGCUUUAAAUAUUUUAAAGCCGUGGGUGUAUGAACGAUUAUCGAAAACUAAAGCACAUUGCGAGCGGAUGCUACAGCUGGACUGCCUUUUAGACUUGUAUAAAUGUAUGGAGAACGACUGUUCCUUUUCCACUUCCUGUUCAAACAAAAUGGCUGAACAUACACGCCAUCAUCCGAUGGCUAGGUUUUCGCCGUGUGCAUAUUGUAGCGAGUGGCUACAGUACGAAGCAAUGAUCGGUCAUGUUGAUCAAGAGCACGGAUCGAGCAAAUUUCAGUGUCGUCAUUGCUUCUACCGAGCCUUUGAUGCAUAUUGCGUUUUGGUACAUCAACGGCACUAUCAUCCGGGCAGCAUAGAUGGAGACAUCUUGGACAUACUCCCUGAUGAUGCAAAUGCUCGGCGCAUGAAAUUGAAGUAUGAUGUUUGUUCGAGAUUUACCACUUUUUUCAAAUCUUUGGAAUGUAUAGAUUGCAAACAUCAAAUGUUAACGUUUACGGCGUACUCAGAACACAUCAAACAUAUUGCGGGGCCCAUGGUACGGUGUCAAAUCUGCAGGAAAACGGUCUUUAAAGAAAACAUUUAUCAACACCUACUACUUCACAAUAUCGGUAUUUUUGAAUGCAUCUACUGCAGUCAUGCCGUUAUGGAUAAAGAGGAACUGGCACUACAUAUCAGCGACAUCCAUCCAUCGAAGCCGAUGAACUACAUCUCGCGCAUACGGGAUGCAACAUCACCGGAGUAUUUUGAAAAGUAUCGCAAUGUGCUGAAAUCGAUGGACUUCGAUGUAUUUACCAAAAAAGUACACCUUGAGCAUGAAGAAACGCAAAAGAAGAACAGCUCUCACCAGUUCCCAAGCAAUGUGGAAAUAUGUGAUACAGAAGAAGAUACUAUGGCAGAAGUUGACCCUUUGUCUUUGGAUGAAUCGAUCAAAUCACUGUCAACGCCUGCCAACAUCGAAUCAGCGGUGGUGAGUGCACCAAGCCGCCCUACAGUAAGGAAGGAACCAAUGAUGCCAGUAAUCGUGAAGGUACAGGGAGGAGUAAAGUUUUCAGCUAACGGCGAUAUCAUCGGAGAUAGUGAAUCGAUCACUACGCCGAUCGAUCAGGAGAAGCAUAUGGUUACCAUCAAAGAUAGCCCAAGACCUGUGAAGGAAAAUCAGCUACUUCCGAUCGCUUCGAAAGCAUCAAAGCACCAAAGGUUUGGUUUGGAUAGCAUCAAAGCACCAAAGGUUUUGGUUACCAGCAGAGAUAGCCCAAGACCUGUGGAGGAAAAUCAGCUACUUCCGAUCGCUUCGAUAGCAUCAAAGCAUAUGGUGACCACCAAAGAUAGCCCAAGACCUGUGGAGGAAAAUCAGCUACUUCCGAUCGCUUCGAUAGCAUCAAAGUAUAUGGUGACCACCAAAGAUAGCCCAAGACCUGUGGAGGAAAAUCAGCUACUUCCGAUCGCUUCGAUAGCGUCAAAGUUGACUCAAAAAUUGUCUCCUUGUGCAAAAAAGGUUAAAAUAAGCUUGCCCAUGGUGUCAGCAAAGAUGAUCGGACUGGCACAGAGGCCUAUUACGAAAAAACCGGAGCUACCAGUAAGCCUGUCUCCCUACGAAGCAUCCACAACGAAGGAAAAACCAGCCCCAAAAAGCACCACUGACAGAAAUGUAGUGAAAGGCAAAGUAAAUGGCUUGAAAACGGUUUGGUGUGUACCGUCUCAGCGUGUUGAAGCGGCAAACGUGGCUACCUGUAACGACACUGUCAAAGCAAAGACCUGUGAACAGAUUGAACCUUCUCUCGGAACACGUGAGAGAAAACGUAAAGUUGAAUCUUCUACCAUAACGAUCCCCGGUGGAAACGGCUGUUCCAGAACUGUCGUCGCUCGGAAAACGCCAAAUGUCGUGGUGCAUUACCUGCUGCACGGUUGCAAUCAUUUGAUAGAACAGUUCCUGGCAGCUUUGGAAAGAAUGUUAACCAAAACUGAAAUUGAUGGUGCGCUUGGUUUGAAGGAUGGUCAUCGAUGUUACUGCUGCAUAAUUUGUUACUACUGCUCUUACGAUUUGUUUAGAUUGGGGGAACAUUUCCAAUUACAACACCGUAUUACUGAUCUAACGAUUUCGCUCGUACAUCCGGAUCAUGCAGGUCUGCAAACUAGUAUCGUCCUGAUGCUACCAACGGGGAUGGCCACUGAGUUGAAAGUUGCUAAAAUGGAGGAAUUAAUUAGAGCAGAAAUGCAAGACGUACAGCCUCGCUACCAGGAAGGGGAGGAUAGACCGAUUGAUAAAACUGAGCAGCAGAAAACCGAAGCACAGGUAGACGAAAACGAUACAGCAAAGAUAAUGUGUUAUUCGAGUGCACAAAAUGAUGUGAAGGUGCUUCCUGAGAUUUGCAGUGUAGGCAGAGAUGAAUUGACGCAAAAACAAUCUGACUAUCAGACCCACAUUAGCACGAUUGAUGUAAACCACAAUUCACUGUUUUUGUGCCCUCAUUGUGGCACAAGUAUCAACUGUGCGGAAAGUGUCGCAACCAUUCUCAGUCAUGUUAAUUCUCACCAGGAGUUUCUAUUCGACACAAUCAAAACGCUGGCGGAUCAAACAGCUGCACAACACAAAAAUGCGAAUGGCGAAUCGUCUGGGACCGAAUCGGACCGUUACUUUGUUUGCUUUUUGUGCUGCUACAGUACCGAUGAAUUGGGUAACAUGAUCCAACACAUAGGUAACGAACAUCUCUUCGAGUCUAAGCUGGAGUAUUGUUUUGUUCGGCCACGAUUGAAACACCAGCGAAAGAGAAUUCUUCUCGCGUAUCCCAUAAACCUAAGCGGGCCAUUGAAGCUAGCCAGGAUUCGUGAGUUAAUCAAUUUUAUGCAAUGCAACGCAAACAACGUUCUCGAUAAUUCAACGACACUCGAAACCACAAUUCCGGCCAAUGUAGUUGACCAACCGAAUUGUGGACAGCUGUACAAAUGUGGCUUCUGCCUAGACCAUACUGCCAAAAGUAGAUUGCAGCUAUUGAUCCAUCUGGAUACGAAAUGUAUGUUUAAGGGUAUUGAUUACCCGUGCGCGCACUGUGACGAGAUGCUAGACUGCAGAGCGGCCAAGUCCAAUGAUUUCAAUGCGGACAUCAUUUUCGAGCAUCUGUAUUACCACGGCGAAAAUCUGUACCGAUGCUCGGUCUGCGGCAUUAUUCACUACAAGCGAAGGGUAAUCAAAAAGCACCUGUUACGGGAGCACCACCAGCACGAUGGGGUGGUUGCUGUGCGUGAAUCGAGCGUGUGGUGGGACUGUAGUCUUUGCGAGCUGAGAACUCGCUACAGGCAAACGAUUAUGGAGCAUAUGAUGACGAAACAUAAGCUACCGGGUGAAAGGUAUAUGUGCGGCCAUUGCCGAGAUAGCGACUACGAUACGCAAUACUUCAAAAUUCAUAUGGCCAGCAGUCAUUCUGAGGUAACAGUAGAUAAGCUGCAAAUAAUCGAAAUGUAUACAUCAGUGGCAGUAGCAAAUGAUGAUGCUAACACGAGCAGCACAACUGGAACGAAUGUUGUUAAGGUUGAAACACAACAAAGCUCCAUGGAGCCAAUGGAAGUGAGUUCGAUACCGACCGAAUCGACUGAGAGCUCAAAGGGUCGGACAGAAAUUUCGGAGGAGAUUGAACGAGAGUGUGUCAGUUCUUCUGCUUCCUUAAGCCCUGCCGGCUCAGUAGCACAAGAGACAAUUUCUGCAACAACAACUAGCGUAUCAGAAGAUCGGUCUCUAUCUAAUUCAUUAAACGAAGCACCAUCAAAGCAGGAAUCUAGUUUUUUAAGUACUGCAGAUAAUCCUAAAACAGAGAUAACUGAUGUUGUCGAAGAUCCAGAGAUACCAUUGCUAGUUAAUAAGGAGGAUAUAGGUAUACUGAAAUCGAUACUACCAGAAGGCACUCCGCUAAUCAAGACAAAAUUUGGCGUAAGAUUGCGGCUUGACUCGCCCAUAAAGGAAACUUCCGAAAAGCUGGCUGAUGAUUUUACAUUGAAGGAUAUAAAAACGGAGGAAGUGAUGGAACAUUUACCGAGAACGGACAAUGCGAUGAUGGUUGAAAUUUCAUCAGAGAAGCAACUUACACCAAGAGGUACGUCUCGCCGAUCGACAAGAGUAGCUAUGCAGAAGGAUGCUACACAGCAAUGGAGCAACUGUAGGGUGUUCGCUUGUUACUUCUGCAAGCGCCAAUAUAACUGUUUCGAUAGUUUAAAAAGCCAUGUCCGUGCGAAACAUGCCGAACAGGAACUGCUGAGUUAUGUGGAAGGGGAGGAGAACUUGAAAUGCGUAUUUCAAUUGCUUCCACUGUUUCGUUGUGCCUAUUGCAUGGGAAGUACCGUUGGAACCUUGGAUCAGCUUCUGGCCCACUGCAAGGAAGAGCACACUGGCAAGACUUUCGCGUGCGUAGACUUCUGGAAUGUAUUCAAGUGUGGUUUUUGUCCGUAUCUCAACGGAUCGGGAAUACACAAAGAGAUUCAGGAUCACUUUAUGGCCACACACAGUAGCGGAGCAAACAUCAUCAACUCGUGUGAUUACGUGGACAGUGAUUUUCUUGCCUGGGCUUUAGCAUUCGGCGCUACCCAGGACGGUGACGGCUCGGUAAAAAAGCCAGAGCUAGUACGAUACAUCUGCAAUCGCUGUGGAGCUCAUGCCGAUGACGAAGAAUCACUCGGUGAGCACAUGGCGUAUCAUUUGUUCCAUUUCGCUUGCCAACAUUGUUCCUCUGCUUUCAAGGAGUUGAAAGCGCUGUAUGAACAUGCCACAACCAUGCACGCCCAGACCGAUAUAAAUGUUCCGCGAAUGUUCAACACAGUGCCACAACACCAGCAGCUCUUCGAUACGCUGGUAAUGUUUUCGAACGGUUUGAUUAUGACGAAGCGUGAGCUGUUAACUACGGCGUUCUUAUCGUACGUGCGACAUCUCAACAAGGGCAUUCAAUCCAGCUACCGACGGCAACUGGACGAUUUGGCGCAGUAUAAAAGCGAUCUUCAGCUUCCGCUCGAGACACCUUCGGAUGAUGAAUCGGAAGGUGAAACGUGUGCUACGUUUGUCAAGAAGCAGCUUUUCUAUCCGGCCUUAAUCAUUUCACCAGCGGACCAUUUCACCGAAGCUAAAUAUGACACCGAGUUCCAUGCAAAGGUAAAGUCUGAACAGGUGAACGUACAGAUAGGGACGGAACGUAGUGAUACAAAAGGAGUGCGUAGAUCCAGUCGAUUUUAAGUAAAAUUGCCAUUACCAACUGCGAUGUUAACGGGGGUUGCCAA